AAAAAAAAACAGUUUUUCUGGGAACUUGAUCUGUUUCGCCAUCUCAGUAAAACAAGAUCUCGAGAAGGGGAAAACACAGCUCAGAAGGGGACCAUUUUGCUCUGCAAGGCAGUGCAGUGGGCACCAUGGCUCAGAUGAUUGCUUGCUCGCUGCUGCUGUUCCUGAUGGUCCUGCCGGCGCUUACCCAGAGGGAAUCCCGUCGCGAGAAAUUCGGCCGGCAGCACAUCGACUUCCCAAAGACCAGAAGCGACUUGGAUGCCCGGCGCUAUUGCAACCUCAUGAUGCAGAGGAGGGGGAUGACCGACAGUGUUUGCAAACCUUCCAACACCUUCAUCCAUGGGGACCCCAUGGCCGUGGAUGCCACCUGCAGUGAUGGGGGGACCUACUCCGGCAGUGAGAAUUACUAUGACAGCAACACACCCUUUGACAUCACUGCCUGCCGCAUUGUUGGGGGAGGCUCCCAGAGACCCCCCUGUAACUACAGAGGCAGGUCCACCUCCCAGCGCAUUCGGGUGGGCUGCACUAACGGGGUGCCAGUUCACUUCAAAAUGCCUCUGUAGAUGUCUCUGUUUACUUGUGUUGAAUCGCAAUGUUUUAAAUCCCUUUUUAGAAUUGGGUAGAAUUUUAAAGAAAAUCUAUUUCUGUUUCUGUAUCUCAACUGCAAUUUGCCUUAUCAAAUGCUGCCGUUUGCUUUCUCUGAGGCGCAGUCCCUCCAGUCUUUUCCUCCUGCUUUUGUAUUUUAAUAAAAUGCAUGCCAUCUAGUGGUCAUAAAGCAAUAUAAAUGCAUUUUCCUAUCCUUGCUUUUUAACACCCGUUAAAGGAUAAGGGUGUUAGCCGAUUAAAGGCUAAGUGUGUUUUAACACCCACUAAAGAUUAAGGCUAAGAACUGGAACCUGUGACUGAAUGGUCUUCUCUUGCAGUUUCAUGUAAUAAAAUAUUCCUUUACAUAUGUA